CCGUCGCCGCCGCCCGACAUGCGUCUGCGCACAUUUGGGCGGGGAACGAUACGGAUCCUUUGAUUUCUCUAUUAAAAUAUCCCUAAAUCUUAUAUUAUCUCCCAAAACCGUGAUGCUAAUCAACUAUGGAGCAGUAGUGAUGUUCGAAUCGUUAAGCGAUAUCCAUUCAAAGAAAGCUUAUUGAAGGAAUUCAAAACAGUGCAACAGUGGAUCUAAUGUUAUUUUCGUGCCAUUCAUAUGUCUAGGUAUUAGUGUUUGAUACUCGAAAGCAUAGGCAUCUAAUGAAAUUGUGUGAUAAAAGUACCUGAAAUUAAAAUAUUUGUAAUGAACCGAACACCAAAAUUUGAUAUGAACAUAGUAUGCAUUCCAUAACAAUAUGUGCCGUAGCGGCCCCAUUGGACAGUUCACCUGCGCUUAUUGUUGUUUAUAAAUAGCCAAGACAGUGACCUAAACUCAAAAAAAUGACGUCACAAAAAGAAGACAGUGAUGUAAUUGACGUUUGUGACGAGAAACCCGACAAACCAGAACGUAGAGAUUCCAAAGAUCUAACCGAAUUGCCACCCAGCGGGACCUCCCUGCACAAGAGGCGGAGAGGCGAGGCGCCUGCGUCCCUGUCUGUCAGAGCACCCCAGACCCCUUCUGAAACCGACGGUUCCUCCCCGUACACGGGGGCCCCGACUCUCGAGGAGUACUGGAGGUUGAGCGAUGGCAGCCCGGACGCCGAAGCUUUGUGCGAGAGUAUGCUGCAGCGACUGAAAGACCGCGACGAUCCUCUCUCCAAACGAGGAAAGGAACUCGCCCUUAGGACUAAAGAUACACUGGAAGCUUUGGACCAGCUCGAGAAACUCCUAGAACUGCUGGACCAAUUCGUGACAUUGAAAGAACAUAACGCACGCCUUUUGAAAAGGCUGCGAGAUGUAAACCAUUUGAAAAAGUUGCACGAAGCUCACAAGAGAAUAGACCAGGAGUCUGAGAGAUUAAAAGAAGAGGGGAGGGAGUUGGAGCUUAUAAAUGAGGCGUUGGAUGCUGAGUUGGAAUGUGAGUACGGACAGGCGAUAUUCGACUCGAUGAUGGCCGGUGGGAGAAGUAUGAAGAGAACGGGGUCUAAGGUAAAAGGACACGGUCGAUUCGGCAGUUCUCUGCUCAGAAAGCAGAGGUCUAGAUCCGCAGGGGGAGAGGAGAGUGACGCUUCUCCCGCUACUCCUAUACGACGGAGAUCGGAUCUGGUGUUCUCGAAGGAAGUUGAGAAAUCAAAAGUUUCUAAGUGGACUAGAGUGAAAGCUGCUUUUAGGUGGGAAAAAGCCCAAUGGCCUCCAUCGACGUAUGGAGGCGCGGCCGCCGUGGCUGCGGGCGCUAUGGUGGGCGCGGUGGCUUUAGCAGGCUCUUCACCUUACACCUUGGCCCAGCCCGAACCCCGGGACUCUGCCAGCCUCACGCCGGGCAGCGCACUCUCACUGACUCCCAACUCUUCCUGCGAGGAAUUGAGAAUUGAUGGAGGUAACUGUCGCAAGAGCGUUGUGUUGCGUUGCGAUGAUCAGGACUCCGCUUUUCUUCAAGCACCUAUGCAGGAUGACAGUUCAACAUCGCCAUCGCCGAACAAACUGCACAAGAGCCCGUGGGGCAAGAUGCGUGACAUUAUCCAGACUCACCGUGAAUCCGUGAAGAAGAAGUCUCGUGGUAAAAGCUCGGGCGAGGUGUUGCCGGCGCGCCGCCGCUCGCUCAGCGACGCAGGCGACAGCGACGCCCCACCCGCACUCACAAUAACCAUACCAUCGUCUGAGGAGCUUGAGUCGGAGCCAUCGCAUCCGGUGCUCCGCAAGCAGCGCUCUUUAGAACUGGGCGCACGACCACAGCAGCGCCCCCCUCGACGAUCGGUAUCCAAGUGGGCGCAAGUGAAACGCGCCUUCCUGUCCUCCGCCUCCGCAUCCGUGCCAUCCAGCCCCAGCCGACACUCCGCAUUCUUUACUGACGCAGGUGAGAUACACUUACAACCUUUUUCUACUCAGCAAUUAUUCUAA